AUGAAUAUUAUCACGAUAUGCUUUGCAGACCCUAGCAAUGCACUUGCAGCUGGAACUCUAAGAGAUGGGAUUUCGUCAUCUAAAGAUCUCAUCACAACGGCGACCGUCUUCAUCCACCCUAGGGAUGGCCCGGUGGAUUAUAUCCAUGGUUCUUGGAAGAGCAUGGUCCCUAUCUGUGGAGGACCUAUCAUUUGUCUCAAAAUAAACUUGAUAAAUUUGGAAAGUAUUUAUCCUAUAUAUCCACUCAUGAAGAUGGCACUGACAAAGAUAGUGUGUACCAUUGGGCCAAGCACAUCUUCAAAGCAGAAGAUUAGAGAUCUAAUAAAUGCGGGGAUGUCUAUUGCAAGGCUUAACUUCAGCCAUGGCACAAGGGAAGCACACCUUGAGACUAUUAGGAACAUUAUGGACUCUAGAUGUAACGUGGAUAGAUAUGUUGCAAUAGCAUUAGACACAAAGGGGCCCGAGGUGAGGAUUAGAACUCCUGAAGAUAAGGACAUCAAAGUGAAGUCUGGGGAUAUUCUUCACUUCUCAUCAUCGGGAAGGGGGAUCUCAAUACCUCGGAUUGACUUUAAGUCUCUGAGUAAAGAUGAUAAGAUAUUCAUUGAUGAUGGGAGAAUAGAUCUGAGAGUCGCUAGUGUGGAAGAAGACGGGUUUAGAUGUGAGGUGAUGAGCAAUGGGACAAUUAAAAAUGAUAAGUCCAUGAACUUCCCGAACAUAGAUGUAGGAAUUGAAUUUCUAAGUGAUGAAGACAAGGAUGACAUCAUCUUUGGACUGGAGAAUGGGAUAGACAUAAUCUUUGCAUCUUUUGUGAGUUCUCGCAAGGAUGUUGGGAAAAUAAGGAAGAUUGUUGGGAGUCAGGUUCCCAUUGUAUCCAAAAUAGAGUCAUGUCUAGGAAUGAAGAAUAUCCGAGAAAUAGCUUCUUCCUCUGAUGGAGUGAUGAUAGCAAGGGGGGACCUUGGAGUUGAGAUUGGGGUGGAUAAAGUGUUUAGUGCUCAAAAAAAGAUUCUUUUGGAGACAAAGAAAGAAGGCAAGCCUGUCAUCUGUGCGACACAAAUGAUGGAAAGUAUGAUCUUAAAAAACACUCCGAACAGAUCUGAAACCUCUGAUGUUGGAAAUGCCGUUGCUGAUGGAUGCGAUUGUGUGAUGCUAAGCGGGGAAUCAGCUAUAGGGAUGUUUCCUAUUGAAACUGUUAAAUUCAUGAAAAGUAUAUGCAUUGAUGCAGAGGAAUAUGUUUUGGGAAGUAGACCUCAUGAAAGAUAUCCUUACGUGAACGGAGUUGUGAUGUGCUUUAGAGAGGCCUUAGAAAUAGAAAAGAUGUAUCUGAGCUCCCCUAUGAUUCCCAUUGUUGUGGUUUCCGGUGAUAAAUGGAUCCUCAGGAGAUUUAGUAUUUACCGAGGAAUCGUUCCUGUGGAUGGCAAGGGGCCUAUUGAUGUGGAUAGGGUUCUGCAAGGUCUGAAGCUGAAGGGAAGGUUCCUGGUUAUAUGUAAAGAAAGCACGAAGGUAACUGAUGUUUGA